AUGUCGGGCGAGAAACGACCAGCCCCAGAAGGGUUCGGCUCCUCCAGCCAGCUUGUCGUGAAAAGACAAAAAUCUGGCAGUGAUCUUAAUGCGACCUCUAUCGCUUUGCGACCCGGCCAGACCGAUGCACUCGUCAAAAGCAUACCCAGAACCAGCGGCCUCGCUGCUCCAAUUAUGGAACUGACAGGUCAUUCUGGCGAAAUAUUUGCAACUCGAUUCGACCCUACGGCGCAGAGUAUUGCCUCUGGCUCGAUGGAUCGUAACAUCAUGCUAUGGCGAACCUACGAACAAUGCGAAAACUACGGAGUUCUUUCAGGACAUAAAGGAGCGGUGCUGGAUCUACAAUGGUCGCGAGACUCGCGCUUGAUCUUCUCGGCCUCUGCAGACAUGACCUUGGCGAGCUGGGACCUUGAGAGCGGGCAGCGGAUACGAAAACACGUGGGCCAUGAGGAGGUCAUAAAUUGCCUGGACAUCAGCAAGCGCGGCCAAGAGCUCCUUGUCAGCGGUAGUGACGAUGGUUAUAUCGGCAUCUGGGACCCGCGACAAAAAGAAGCCCUCGACUUCAUCGAAACCGACUUCCCGGUCACAGCCGUUGCGCUGUCCGAAGCUGGAAACGAGAUUUUCACGGGUGGCAUCGACAACGAUGUCAAGGUGUGGGAUAUUCGCAAGAAAGCUGUUGUAUACACGCUAGUCGGUCACAACGACACCAUCACAUCUCUUGAAAUUUCUCCCGACUCGCAAAGUUUGCUAUCAAACUCGCACGACUCCACGGUUCGCACCUGGGACAUUCGGCCAUUUGCCCCCGCUGAUCGCCACAUCCGAACGUUUGACGGGGCUCCUGUUGGUCUGGAAAAGAACUUGAUUCGUGCUAGUUGGGAUCCCACGGGAACAAAGAUCGCAGCCGGUAGCGGUGACCGCAGUGUUGUUGUCUGGGAAUCCAAGACUGGCAAACUUAUCUACAAACUUCCCGGCCACAAAGGAACAGUGAAUGACGUCCGCUUCUCUCCAAAUGAUGAGCCUAUUAUUGUCUCUGGUUCCUCUGAUCGGAAUUUGAUGCUAGGAGAACUCGGAAAGUAG